CUUCCAUAUUUUUGUGCAGGUGGAGCCGGGGGUCUCUUGGAAACAGCCUCCCUACUUCCGAGUAGGGGCAAGGUCUAUGUACACACACCCUCCCCAGACCCCACAACCUGGGUUGUUGUUGUUGUUGGCUCGUAAUGUGUUCAGGGAAGCCAACCACUGUAUCUUAACACAAAAUCAGCUCUAUCAAGAGGGAAUGUAUAAAAGCUCUAUUGUAUUGUGAACCAAUCUUGAACUUGUACUUCAAUAAAUGAACAUAGCAUACAACAACGGAUGAUGUCCCCUUUCCCAAUCUGCAUACUAAAUGGAGGGACAAUAUUGGUAGGUAGCUUGACCUCAUCAACCACAGUAUCAACUGUCGGUAAGGAUAAGUACUUCUCAGGAUCCCAUCUUACCUUGCAACUUCUUGGUGGUAAUAUUUGUUUUACUCAGAACAAUGUGAAACUAAUACUUGUGGAAAUUAUGUCUGAAUCGUUUUCUGGGCAAGAUUUCCAUCCGUUGCCGCUUUCUUCAACUUCAUCAUUUGUCAAUACCAGGAUUGCUUAAUGCCCAGGAUUGCACCAAUGGCCUGGACUGUAUUUGAACUUGCAGCUAAAACAAAGUCCUUGUGUAAUUCAGGAUUGUUUCUCGGUCUCCUAAUUGUGGCUGAAAUUCACUCUUGCUGAUAGAAUAUUAGUGGGCAUCAACUUCUUUGGCAUAAGAUUUGGUUGUGGAGGAAAGAGUGAGGUUUGGCAAUUUCUCUCGGACCCCAGCUUGGGUUCAAAUUCCAAAGCCAAGCUCAUGGCUUUGUAGACUUUUUGGGGUUUGUGAAUUCUGAUAUCUUCCUUCAACUAAUCUUUCAGCCCAUUGAUGAACAAGGCCAAUAAACAAUGAUAUGGCCAAUUGGAUACUUGAGCAGAAUGCUUCACAAAUUCGUGGCAAUAUUCAUGAAAUUUGUAUAGAUUUCAGAACUAUUCUGGGAUAUAGUUUUCAUGUAUAGCUUGCACCCAUGACCUCCUCCCAUUAUUCAAUAUUUCGCUUGGAACUUAACCACGAAAACAAGUCAAGUGCGUCUCCCUUAAGGUACAUGGUAGCCACAUCAACUUUAACAUCUUCUGGGUGACUGGGUUUGAUAAUAGUGGAAAUAAUUUUCUGGAUUGAGGACCCAUCAACGAGGAAAACUACCUUCAGACGUAGGAAACUCCAUAUGUGUGAAAGGACAAUGAAAAGAAUUCCUACACCAAAAGCAUGGAUCGUCUCCUUCUUCAUCACUAGGUGACCAGCUAGCAGCCUAGGACAUCUCAGAUUUGGAAUUGGGUGUACUAUUUCUAUCCCCUUUCCAUUCAAAUCUUCAAGAUGAUAGGAAGCUGAAGUUUGAUGAAAACUGGUUUGAGCAUUACGGGCAGCUACCUUAUCCCAAGUUUAAUUGGGUAGCAGUGGCAGCCAAGUGGGUGGUAACAAGAUUGGUGGGGUUUGUGGUAGUGAGUGAGAAAGGUCUAGUCUUUUGGGUUUCUGUUUAGGGAACAUGUGUGUUUUGGGAAUUGGGAUUGGACCAUGGUGGAUCAGAACCAAGGUGAUAGUAAUAGGUUAACAUGAACAAUAAGAUUAUAGUCCAAUUCGAUAUGGAUAAGGUCUCCUGGGUAUAAUACUGGUUUCAAAGUUUUUAUAUAUUCAAAAUAAGAUAUUCCUAGUCUAUUUAAAGAAUGUGGUUACAACGGAAAGUAAUAAAAUUGGAAAUAGUGGGAAAGUGUAUACCAAUUGAAGAAAAGGUGGACUCAGUAAAUUCACUAAGUUGAGAACCUAUUCUUUAGGGAAAGCAAGAAAGUGGACCUAUUGUUUAGGGAAAGCAAUGAAGUAGCUAAAGCUAGUCUUCAAUUACGUUUUUUCCUAGAGUAGACUUUCAAAGGUUUAUUCUUAGUAGGACUCUUAUCAUUCCCUAUAUCUUCGUCUCUCCGAAACCAAACCCUUAGGGCCAUUGUGGUUGCUACCCUAGGUCUCACUCUCACUUUGGACUUCUCCUGCCUCUGUUUGUUUCAGGCAUUUCCUCUUCUCCAAGCACUCAUGGUUCUCUUCUUCCCUUCACUGCUUCUCUCAGUUGUCUGACUUGGAGUCGUUUUUGCUCUUUCUCAGUGCCUUUGUAUCCUUCACUUUUGUCUUGCUUCCCCUGAGUUUCAAUGCUUUUGAAAAAGCCACCACUAUGUUGGUCAGACUUUGGGUUCCGAAUCUCCACUGCACACUAGCCAUUAACCGCCACGGUGAGCUCUACUUCAUGCCUGCCGUUGACCUGAUGCCAACUCUACCACCGUUGGAGCCACCACCAAGAGGUUACUUGAAUGACCCUGCCUCCCUUCUGAUUCCCUUGCUUAAGAACUGGGGCUGAAGUGUCCUU